AUGUCAAUUUUUAUGACCCUUGGCAGAGCAAGUGUGACGCUCGCCUUUGCGGGUGUGGUCGCAUCCAUCUAUCGAGUAUGGCAAAUCCGUCGUCUAUUUCGGAAGGCAGCCAGCGAACACGGAGUGCCAAUGCUGCCCCAUUCGUGGAUUUUUGGACAUUUGCUCCACAUCGGCAAAACUAUGGCAAAAUAUCCUAGCGAUAUUCAUGGCCAAUAUAUGCCUCUCCUCCUUGCCAAAGACCACCCGGAAUUGGAGGUACCUGGACUCAUGUACAUCGAUUUAUGGCCUAUCGCGCCCCCAAUGCUAGCCGUAUUCCAUCCUGAUAUGAUGGCCCAGUUCACGCAGAUCACCUCACUGCCGAAACAUCCGUCACUGGAGAGUGAGUUCAGGCCAUUCACGCAACUUAACGAUUUACUCAACAUGUCGGGGGAGAGAUGGAAGACAUGGCGAGGUAUAUUUAAUCCGGCAUUUUCAGUCAAAAAUAUUUUGUCGCUUAUGCCCGCCUUCAUUGAGGAGAUUGAUGUCUUUGUCGAUAGACUUAAGGUCGCUGCCGAGUCUGGCGAAGUCAUUAGACUUGAAGAUACGGCUAUUAACUGCACGGUCGAUAUCAUCGGCCGAGCUAUCCUUGACGUUCGUCUACAUUGUCAAGUGAAGAGGAAUGAGCUACAAGAGGCACUGAAGCGACAGAUUGCCUUAUUGUGGGCAAGCAAUGCUCCCGACCAGCUUGUCAUGGCUCUCAACCCACUGCGCCCAUUCCGCAUGUGGAACAACAAUAGGAUCAUGAAAAACUACCUCCGACCGCACAUCGAACGAGGAAUUCAAGAGCAUCUGAGUGGGAAAUCAACUGGACACAACACCAUCCUCUCUCUAGCAACCAAGGCUUUCCUGUCUAAAAGAGAUUCUUUCAACGCAGUCGGGGCGGACGAACAAUUCAUGGACAUCGCAAUUGCCCAAAUAAAGGUCUUUCUAUUUGCAGGACACGACACUACAGCGACAGCUCUAUCAUACUGCUACUACCUCCUCAACAAAAACCCAUCAGCACUAGCCACUCUGCGUGCUGAACACGACGCCGUGCUCGGGAGUAAUAAAAGCACAGCACGAGCUCAAAUCGCCGCCAACCCAACUCUGCUCAACCACCUCCCUUAUACAUCGGGCGUCAUCAAAGAAGCACUGCGCCUUUUCCCACCCGUCGGCUCAAUUCGCAGAGGCCAACCAAACUUCUACCUAAGUCACCCAGAAACAGGGAAACAGUACCCUACAGACGGAUUUAUGCUGUUUUCACUAAGCCUUGGCGUCCAGCGAGCAGAGGAGUUCUGGCCACGAGCCACAGACUUUCUUCCUGAGCGCUGGCUCGCAAAAGAAGGCGAGCCGCUGCAUGUUCGGAAAAACGCAUGGCGGCCUUUCGAGCAGGGCCCACGGAACUGUAUCGGCCAGGAGCUGGCGCAAAUCGAGCUUCGGGCGAUCCUGGCCCUGACGGUGCGUGAAAUGGAUAUUGAACCUGUUUUCCCCGAUGACUCGCCUGUUGUGUUGGGGGAGAAGGCGUAUCAGGUUAUGGAGGUUGGCAUGAUUACAGGACAUCCGAAACUCGGAAUGCCAGUUCGGGUGCAGAUGAGGGCAUAG